GCCCAGCUUCGUAAUUUGAGAUAAAUAUGGGCCUGUGGGCCCAGUACAGAAAAAAAAAUCUGAGGAAACGUUCCUUUGAUUCUUAUCUUCUUCCCAAAUUCCCCGACAGAGCGAGCUUCCCUCUUUCAUCUUCUUCACCGAGUGAUUGUACAGUUUUAGGGUUUAGUCUUUACAUUUCUCUUCAGUUUCUCGUUUGGUGAACUCUUGAAAAGAAGCGGAGUCAAUUCUGGUUUUUUUUUCGGGACGAACUUGUUUGUUCUCUCUCUAUCCCUCUUCGAUCCUCGUCAAUGACCUCGCUACUCCUCCUCAGAACCCUCCCGCUCCUCCGCAACGGUUUUCUCAACCACCGUCAUCAAGUCGGUAUCGCGGCGGCUGGAUUCCUCUCUCACCGUCGGCGUCUGUUGUGUUCUCUUGCUGAUAAACCACGGUUGCAGGGGGAUGAGUCUCGGGCGGAGGGAUCCGCCACGAAGAUGAACUCGCCGCCACCUGUUGAUGAUAGCUGGCGUUUUGAAGAUCCUGAUUAUCGGAAAUGGAAGAACCUGGAGGCGGAGAUUCUUCGAGAUAUCGAACCUGUAGCUCUUCUCGCUAAAGACAUUCUUCAUUCGGAUAGAAUAAUCGUUCUCCAUAAUGUGAUAGAUGCUCUUGUAUCUUUACUCUACUGGAACAAUAGCCAAACGGGAACUGUUAUGUGGUAUUUAGAUGGAGAACGCUUAGACUUUGAGGAUGAGAAAAUUAUCAUAGAAAAGCUUCUUGCUCAUCACCCCUACUCCAAAGAUAAAAUUGGCUGCGGUCUUGAUUUUAUAAUGGUUGAUCGGCAUCCUCAGUUCAGGCACUCGAGGUGCCUCUUUGUUGUGAGAACGGAUGGUGGAUGGAUAGACUUCUCAUACCAGAAGUGUCUUCGUGCCUAUGUCCGAGAUAAGUACCCGUCUCACGCUGAGAGAUUUAUUCGUGAACAUUUUAAGCGUGCUAGUAGCUGAAAUCAUUAACUGGCCUCUGUAAUACCGUCCCACUCAUUCAUCACAGCAGAUUCUAUAAUAUAAAUUUUGCUGCUUCCUGUCACCGACUGAAAGUCAACACAGAACGAUAUAAGUUAUGAAGCUUUUUGUCGUAGAAAAUUUGGAAUGACUCAAUCCAUCACUAGGCUUGAAUCAGUUAGAAAAAGAGCAGAGGAUUAGUUAAUAGUUCCGAACAAACAAUUUGAAGGUAUUUUCCGCAAUGUAAUGCAACAGAUAUGAUAUUUUAUGUUUUUUUUAAUCUGAUAGGGAACAUAAGAAAAUCUUGAAAUCCAACUUUUUUCCAACCCUGAAUCAUAAAUUAAAAAAAUGAACAAAAUCUCUUACAAAAGUCAUGUUUUGGUUAACCAAAAAAAAGCAUUUAGUUGACAAAACCAAUAAAAAAGUUAGCCAAGAGAUACUUAGUCCCUAGAUUUAUACUUAAUAAGCUAAACAAGAGUCAAACAAUGUUAACAAGAACAAAUUUAUCGCAUUCCAAAAUUCAAAGAUCCAUACACAAAGACCCACAUCAUGACAACACACAUUUUCUUAAUUCUAAACAAAUUACUGCAAACAAAGUAAAUUAUUUAAUACUCCUAAAGCAUACUUAGUCCUGAAACGACGACGUGUAAUUUACUUUCCAUGUUACUUACCCUGAGAGAGCUUGGUGGGUCCCACGCUGAUUCUUCUGAAACUUCUUCGAAGACUCGCGGCGUUUUCAGUUUUCACAUUCGGGGUCAAAUAUCUCGCACACACGCCACGCCAAUGACGCUCUCUCACUCUAGAACCACCGUUUAUAACUCCGUCAUCAUCUCCACAGUCAAACACUGUCACGUGUUGUAACCGUCUAAUCUAACGCCGUUAACACUCAUCUACAAAAACGUUUUUUCUUCUUCCUUUUCUCAUUACAUUUUUUGGGGUCAGCGAUUACCUUCUUAUUCACUUUCAGAUCCUUUCACCAGCAACACAAGUCAAGCGAUGAUGCCAUCUAGGUCGGCGAUAACAACUCCGACGACGGCUGCUACGACUUCGUAUUGGUGUUAUAGUUGCACGCGUUUCAUCAGCGUUUGGUCUGACCAAGACGCAAACGCCGGCGUCUUGUGUCCUUAUUGCGACGGCGGUUUCAUCGAAGAGAUUGAAGAUUCUUCCGCCGCUGAAGCACCGUCGACUCCGGCGUCACAGGAAGUUAGAUCGGUCGAAGAUAGUCAUAGAUCCAUAAUUAGACGCCGGAGAUCCGGUCGCCGGACGUCUUUUAAUCCGGUAAUCGUAUUACACGGAGGAGCCAGUGGUGAGAGAGUUGAGAACGAAGAAGGAGAAGGGAUUACAAGGGAUCGUCGCGCUUAUGAGUUCUAUUACGACGAUGGAUCCGGUUCUGGUCUUAGGCCGCUACCGGAUUCUGUAUCUGAGAUCUUAAUGGGAUCUGGAUUUGAGCGGUUGCUUGAGCAAUUGAGUCAGAUCGAGGCGUCGACUACAGGAAUCGGUAGAUCUGGGAAUCCUCCGGCGUCGAAAUCAGCGAUUGAAUCUCUGCCGACGGUCGAUAUCUCCGAUUGCCACAUGAAAGCAGAGGCGAAUUGCGCCGUGUGCACGGAGGUUUUUGAGGCGGGAGUGGAAGGGCGUGAGAUGCCGUGUAAGCACAUUUUUCACGGCGAUUGCAUCGUUCCGUGGCUUUCGAUCCGGAACUCGUGCCCCGUUUGUAGAUUCGAAUUGCCUUCGGAUCCAAUACAACGGAGUACCGAGGAAGAACACGCCGUGGGGAUGACGAUUUGGAGACUUCCCGGCGGUGGAUUCGCUGUUGGAAGGUUUAACUCGGCGAUGAGAGAAGGGGAGAGAAUCUUGCCGGUGGUGUUGACGGAAAUGGACGGCGGUGGACUUGGUAGUAACGAAGGACCGAGACGAAUCUCGUGGGUCAGGGCACAGGGAACUCCGGAGUUGAGUAGAAACGGUUCUCGCUCCGGUAACGGCGGUAGAUUGAGACGAGCAGUUCGAGGAAUGGUUUCGUUUAUGAGGAGGGCGAGACCUAAUCGUGGCUCUUCUUCUCCUUCUUCCAAUCUUGUAGAUUUGGAUACCGACGGCGAACGUAGGCGUAUGCAUAGGUCGACUUCGUUGAUCAGAAGAUUUUUUUGAGGAAACAGUGUUUGCAUCGAUGGAGAAAAUCAUCAAAUCGGGUUAGGGAAAAAAAGUUCAAAUUUUUUUGUCUGUUGAUUUAACAAUGUAUAUAUAAUUUCAGUAGAACGAUUUGGAACCUAAGUACUAUUUAUUUUGUCUCUCACUGUAAGUUGGGUUAGCUUUUUAGUCUGUUA